GCGGAGAGAGAGAGAAAGAGAGAGUGUGUGCAAGAGUGUGUGCUGCACACAGAGAGAGGGUCUCGCUGGUACAGAGCAGAGUGUGAGGAGUGUGUGAUUGUAGAGUAGUGAGUGUUUCAGUCCGGACGCUGAACCACUGAAGAGAAACACACACUGAUCUCCACACAGCCUGCAGCUCUGAACAGACAUUAUGGGCACUCUCAGAGACCUGCAGUUCGCUCUUCAGCUAAAGAUCGAGGAGCUGCGGCAGAGAGACGCUCUGAUUGAUGAACUCGAGCUGGAGCUGGACGCCAAAGACGACCUGAUCCGCCGCCUGCAGGGAGAACUGGACCGCCUGCGGGUCACUCUCGGUGCUCCCAGCUCCUCCACAGCAGGGCAGCAUCGAGUUCCCUCACUUCGGUCAAAGAGAAGAGCUGUGGUGACAGACCCGAUGAGUGUGGACCCCAAACUGCUCCUACAAAGCCCCCCAAUGAGCCACAGCAAGAGCCAGGAGUCUCAGAGGGCGAUCGAGGCGGCGCUGAUGGAGAACGAGUGGCUGAGGUUUGUGGGCAGGAAGCAGAUACUGAUGCUGGUGGAUUGCGCCUUCCUCACCACGGCCGGCCAGGGGGCGAGGGUCAUUCAGGAGGGAGAUGAAGUGUCUCACGCGUUUGUUGUGGAAGAGGGAAAACUGGAGGUGUCCAGGGCCGGGCAGAAGCUGCACACCAUUGAAGGUGGAACACUGUUUGGAGAACUGGCUCUACUUUAUAACCAUACCUGCACUUCAACUGUCACAGCCCUGACGAGUAGUAAAUUGUGGGUGAUUGAGCGGCAGACGUUUCAGAGAAUCAUGCAGAGGAGCAGCCUUCUAGGAAUCACCCAGAAUCUGGAUGUUCUCCGCAGUGUGCCGUUGUUUUGUGCCUUUCCAGAGGACAUCCUCAUUAAGAUCUCAGAUGCUCUGGAGGAGUUUCAUUACAGUGAAGGGGACUACAUCAUUCGUCACGGCUGCCCAGGAGAUGUCCUCUUCAUCAUAAGCCGUGGCCAGGUGCGGGUGUUGGAAAGGCGCUCGAUCAGUGAGGAGACUGUGUGCAUCUCCAUCCUGUCCAGAGGAGACUUCUUUGGGGAGAGAUCUUUGAAAGGGGAGGUAGUAAGAUCUCUGAGCGUUGUCGCUGCAGGUGAUGUCACAUGUCUAGUCAUAGACAGAGAGUCUUUAAAAAGGUUUAUAGGAGCUUUGGAAGACACCAGGGAGAAUGGGACCAAUGAACCAAAGACCAAGACAGAGGAGGGAGUGGAUGAACUGUGUGACGUGUCGUCUAGUGAUGUCCAGGUGCUGUGUAAUGUGGGAGAGGGACGAUACGGCAUCACACAGCUGGUGCAUUUGAAGAAUGACGGCAGUCGAGUUUUUGCGCUGAAGAUCUUAAAAAAGCAUGCUGUAGUGAGCCCAGGCCACAGAGAGCGAAUCCUCCAAGAAAAACAAAUCAUGAUGGACAUUCACUGUCCAUUCAUAGUCAGGUUAUACCAAACUUUUAAGAAUUCAAAAAGCCUCUACAUGCUGAUGGAGGCGUGUUUAGGUGGAGAUCUGUGGACUUUGUUAAAAGAGAGGGGUCCUUUUGAUGAGCAUGCGGUUCAGUUCUACACGGCAUGUGUGCUGGAGGCGCUGAACUUCCUCCACAGCCGAGGCGUCGUCCACAGAGACCUCAAACCAGAGAAUGUGCUGCUGGACCAGAAGGGAUAUGCAAAGCUGACAGGGUUUGCCUCUGCUAAGAAGCUGGGCUCUCUGCAGAGGGCCUGGUCAUUUUGUGGGUCAGUGGGUCACCAAGCCCCAGAGGUUAUACUGCACAAAGGUCACAGCAUCCCUGUGGAUUUUUGGGCUUUAGGAGUGUUUGUGUACGAGCUGCUCAGCGGCAGUUCCCCGUUCUCAGGCCCGGAUCAGUUAAGAGUCUAUGCAGCCGUUUUAAAGGGAAUUGAUGCUGUUGAGUUCCCAAGCACCAUCAGCAAACCUGCGACAGACUUCAUCGAGAGACUCUGCAGAGAGAACCCCUCCGAGAGACUGGGCCAGAAGAAUGGGGUCAAGGACAUCCGCACACACAAGUGGUUAGAAGGAUUUGAUUGGCUGGCCUUGCGUGAAGGCUCGCAUCCUCCACCAAUAGUACCAAAUGUCCACAGUCUUCUGGAUCGAGGGGCAGACAGCACCAGCUGUGAGAACCACACAGAUUUAUCACCAGUAGACGACUCGGACUGGGACAAAGACUUCUAACUCUGCUGAUGGUCACAUGUGGAAUAUCCAGAUGGACAAACCACAGUGGACACUGUUUGUUUAUUACCGAGAAACUGCCUCCCUUUAUCGCUUGACGAAAUUUGCUUUCAGACAGUCACAGACAGCCGUGUAAUGAAAUAAAAUUAAAUGAAAGAGAGCAUGAA